AUGACGACUAGAAACCCCACGCCCUCAUACGACGAAAACCCAGGCAACAGCGCAGCGCUGUAUGGUGAUAAAGCGCUUUAUAGGGAAAUUGGAGCUCUGUCUGAGGAUGCGGAUCGGAAGACGCUGGUUGAGGGGUUUGAGAUUCCGAUAAGGAGUGGGAGGGCUUGGGUUGUGAAGAAAGGACAACUCUGUACCCUCAGUACACCGCAUGGACCACAAGUUGGAGAUCUGAAUCUUUUCUCCUUGGAUAAUCCACGGGAGCGGUUUUGGGCUUCGCGGACGAAACAGCUGCAUGCUUCGCAUGUGUCGGUUGGUGAUAGGCUGUGGAGCUGCUUGCCGUAUAUGAGGCCUUUGGCUACGAUUGUGGGGGAUAGUUUGGUGAGUUGUUUUCUUUUAGGUCGAGGUUUUGAGGUAGUGUUGCUAAUGCUGAGUAGAAGGGUUAUGGUGUUGAUGGGGGUGGGGGGAAGGGUUCAUGAUUUGCUGGGGACGAGGUGUGAUCCUUAUGGUAUGUAUAGUACUAUAAUGAAUAAGUUGCUGAGCGGGAAUGAUUUUGAUUAUCAUUGUCAUUCGAAUCUCACCCGAGCUGUGAUGCCGUUUGGGCUUACGGAGGCGGAUGUUCAUGAUGUUAUUAAUGUCUUCCAGGUCACUGGGUUGAAUCGGGAUGGGAAAUAUUUUAUGGAGACUUGUCCUGCGAAGCCGGGAGACUACUUUACUUUCUUUGCAGAGACGGACUUGCUGUGUGCUAUGUCUUCUUGUCCCGGUGGGGAUCUGUCGGUAUACGGAUGGGGUGAGGACUCGGCGAAGAGGAUGCUGGAUACGUGCCGGCCUUUAGGAGUGGCGGUUUAUGAGAUGAAGGAGAGAGAUGAGGUUUUGAAGGGAUGGAAGGAGAGUGAGAGGCCAGGGUAUAACGGUGUGCAUGGGCUCAAGAUGCCCGUAUUUGGAGAACAAACAAAGUAG